UUCAGUGUGUUGGUACUAACAACUCUCCGCCCACAUUUUACAACACCGAGUGGGAUGGGUGGAAAAAGAAAACGAACAAUAACAGUGAGAAGAGCGUUGAGCUGCGGCUGUUAGCAAUACAACGCAGUGUUGGGGGAGCUAAGGCAAGCCGACUCGGCACUCACUUCGUAGGUUUGAAUUCAGAAAGAAAAUGCUUGGGUGAUGGUUUAUGUUGAAGAGCCAUCCAUUAUUUCAAAGACAACAUGCUGGUGUAGUGGAAUCCCAGCCUUGGUAGCAGCACUUUGACCCUUGUUGAACUUGCUGCUCUAAGGCCUGGGAAUUGUCUCCAUCAUGAAAUCCAAAUUUAAACAGUGGAAGCAGCUGGUGCUUAUUGGAAUGCUGUUAUGGGUCCUCAUCAUCCUGGCCCUGUUUACCUAUUUCAUGGACCUGCAUAUGGAUGAGCUGCAUGCUUCAGUCUCCCUAUCAUACUUUGAGACUAGAAGGCUGAACCCUAUUCAGGGUAACAACCGGGUCAUCAUGGGAUCUGUACAAGACCCUCCGGUUUCUGAUGCCAACAGCCGUAAUGACAUCAUCUUCUAUAACCAAGACCUUAACAAGCAGACAGCAGACUCUUUAAAUACAGACAGUUGGUCGAGUUUUGACAACACCGUGAAAUCCAUGUGGGAAAGAGGAGGUCAAAUGAAAAGGACUAGCAAUGAAGAUGAUACGUUAGCUGCUGGUCAGCAACAAUCUGAAAGCCUUAUUAACAAACACAUGGAGAAACUACUCCCUGGGGAAGAAGGCACUGAUGAAAACCAAAUUCAGUUGAAGUGGAGGAAGAAUUCUAGGCGAGGAAACUCCAUGCGCUGGAAGGACAAGGAGUUAGGGAUAGGUGACGAUUUAGAGGAAUACUAUUUUAUGCAAUCCAGGUCUGUCAUUUCCAAACUGUGGAAAGGGAACGUGUCCUCCAAGAUGCUGAACCCACGAUUGCAGAAGGCCAUGAAAAACUACAUGAAUGCCAACAAACACCAUGUAUACUUCAGAGGAAAGAUGAGCUCUAAAAAGCUAAGCAGGGAAAAACUGCUUUGUGAGAUGAAGAACAAGCUGAAAGUGAGGACUCUGGAUGGGAUGGAGACGCCCUUUUCUACACUCGGAUGGGAGAAGCACGUUCCGAAGGUUUCCAUUGACAAACUCUAUCCGUCCGGCUUCAGAAGCUGUGCCGUUGUCACAUCUGCAGGUGCAAUGCUGAACUCCUCAUUGGGGAAAGAAAUUGAUUCCCAUGAAGCAGUCUUGAGGUUCAAUGCUGCCCCAUUAGAGGGUUAUCAGAAGGAUGUGGGAAAUAAGACUACUAUUCGCAUUAUUAAUUCCCAGAUUCUGGUCAAUCCGAAUUUCCACUUCAAUACCAGCGCACUGUACAAAGAUAUCACGUUGGUUGCCUGGGAUCCAGCCCCUUACUCUGUAAAUCUCCACAAGUGGUAUAAGAAUCCGGACUACAACCUCUUCACACCCUAUGUGGAAUAUCGAAGAAAGCACCCGGUUCAGUCCUUCUACAUACUCCACCCUAAAUUUAUCUGGCAGCUGUGGGAUUUAAUCCAGGGAAACACCCUGGAGCCAAUUCAGCCCAAUCCACCUUCCUCUGGCUUUAUUGGAAUCCUCAUGAUGAUGUCACUCUGUGAUGAAGUCCAUGUCUACGAGUACAUCCCCUCACUGCGGCAGACAGACCUGUGUCACUACCAUGAGCGAUACUACGAUGCUGCCUGUACCCUGGGAGCGUACCACCCACUGCUCUACGAGAAACUGCUGGUUCAGAGAAUCAACAAGGGGACGGACAUCGACGUGCAGAAGAAGGGAAAAGUUAUCCUUCCUGGGUUCAGUGCCAUAAAGUGUGACAAAUGACUUUAAUCCUCAUGAUUAGGUUGGGCGAUUAAUAUUAGUGCAAUAAUCAAUUACUUGCUAGUUAAAAUUAAACUAAAUAAAACUUGAAACUCUUAAUAUUGACCACUUUAGUCUAGACUUUUUAUCUAUAUCCUGGAUAGUAAGCAUCCUGCUUUCUUUCUUUUUUUACUGAAAUGAGAAGAAGCUCCACACCUGUAGGAGAAUGCUUAUGGCAUAUUUGCUUUUGCAAAUCCUGAGCCUAAAAUAAUUUGUACUUAGAUUUAUCAUUGAAGGUUUAUUAAUUUAGCUGGUAGGACACUUGCGCAAGAUUUCCAAAAGUGAUGAAACUUUGGUUAGCCGUCAAAAUAAUGUGUUUUGUUAGUCAUUAUCAGCACUGUAGAAAUGGUUUAGAUGGCUAAAAUUCCAGAAGAGUUAAAACGUAUACAUUUUAUCACAUUCGUGCUUUGAAGAUACCAUCUUGUCUGAACGUGUCACAUACACAAAAAAUGGUUGACUUCUUUGGAACUCCCUUGAAAAUAAUUACCGUAUUACUCUGAAUUAACGCUGCCCUCGAAUUAACGCCUCACUCAGAUAUCAGCUUUUCAAUAGACGCCCCCCUCGAUUAAACGCUGCUCUCAAUAAAGAAACGGAAAGGUAUUUUUUUUUCUACCCCUGCUCAAAAAAUAAAGAAAGAAACACGCAACUCUGGCUAUGUACAUGACACCCCCAAAGAGACUGCAACCUCAAUCCAGCAUGUAAUACAAACUAAUGUACACCCACCUUAGUAAGCAAAUGUUAUUUUAUAGUAGAGUCCUGACAGACAAACCAAGAUGAACUACUUACAGCACAGCAGUCCUUCACGUCCCUUUUUUUCAGCAGAGUUCAGUGCCAACACAGCAGGGGAUAAAACAAGGGCUGUCUGUUUACCUCAUCGUCAGCUUGGAUGGUGAAAACUUAAAAACUCAGAGGAACUUAGAGUUUUGGCGGUCACUCUAAGCGCUAUCCGAAAGCUGGCUGAAGAUAUCUUCUUAUAGGGAGGUUAGUUGUUUUUUUUAUUCAAUUAGAAUUUUACUCAGUCCUGUACAAUUUUAUAUAUAAAAAAACUUUCUUACUCUCUAUGAGAAGAUUUAGUUUUGGUUUCUCUUAGAGAAAUUACAAACAAGCAGGUAAAUUACAGUGAGAUAAAAAAAAAAAUAACCGAGUAGGAUAUAUUUGAAUUAACAGAAAUCAAACCGAUAUUCAGAGGUAAUAUUUUUCGUUAAGAAAAACUGCAUCACACUCAACUACCGUUGUCUCUCCUCUUCUUGUCCCGCCCAAUAGCAACCAAUACACACUCCUGAUUCGCUGGUACAGUACUCCCCUGACCUCCCAACUCCCACCUAAUAAGCUCUCGUUAAUUGUCAGUAAAUGUACUGUAUUCAAGACCCAAAAACACACAAGAGUAUAGUGCUGCAGAUCGGAGCCUCUCAUGGCGCAGUUUCUAAAAUGCCUUAAAUCAUUUAAUAAAAUAUUUCCUGCGUUUGUAAAGCAUAGUAUUGUUAAUUUAAGGACCGCAGUCAUUUUGAUCAAUUUAAAAUAAAUGCUGUGGCGCCAAGUAAUAGGGUACAUCAUUUAUAAGGAGUUAUUUGACUAAAAAGGUAUUUUAGACAAGCAUCUAAACAAUUCACUACACUUUUGAUAGUGUAAUAUCUGUUUAACUAUGGCAAUCUUUGGCAUUAUAAAAAAAGUGUUCUGUUAUCACGGUAGCAUUUGGAAGUUGUAACUGUUCUACUUUAAGAAGGUGAAUUGAAUUGUCCCCUCAGGUUUAUACCUUGAAUCUUAAUAGGAAAAAUGUGUUUUCUUGUGGGUGUUUUUCUGCUUAUGUGAAGUGGUGUUGAAUACUCUAGGUUUUGGUCAUCAAGUGCAUGAAUUGCUUGAAUGGUAGUGUAUGUAUUAAUCACUCUGUAAGGCAGCAACGUACUGUACUGUGAUUCUUUUGAAAUGUAUUUUUGUUUAUGACUGUAAGUCGCCAUGGAUAAGGGCGUCUGCUAAGAAAUAAAUAAUAAUAAUAAUAAUAAUAAUAAUAAUAAUAAUAAUAAUAAUAAUGUACGUUUCAAUGUAAUGUAGUAGACUUCCAGCCUUUGCAUUGUUCAGUACAUGCAAUUCAACAUGUCUAAUAAAGUAUGUUCUAACAGCCUUAACUAUCCAGGAGAUAAAGAAGGUGAAAAGAAAGAAUUUUCCAAAAGCCAACUCACUUAUAACAGCCUUGUGUUUUUUAAUGUCAACAUUUUUUUGUGAUUUUUAUCUUACAAUCCUAAUUUUGUACUUGACGAAAUCUGUUUUGUACCAUGCAUACUUUGUAGAAACUGACAGUUUUUAUACAGUUUUGCAAUUUUCUCUUGUUCACUCAAUUUUUUUUUUUUUUUUUUUUUUUUUUUUUACAUAAAUAAAAUGUUAUAAAUAUAAACCUACAUUUUUGGAAUUGUCUCAACAUGACAUUAACAAGGUUAAUGCUACAGUGUGUAUGAGGUUUGGAGCAAACCAUAUUCUUUUACCUUCAUACUUAUACUGUGCAUUUACUGCACUAUUUUUAUUUUAUUUUAACAAUACUUCUGUGUGCUGUACCAUGCUUGUCCAUGCUUUACCUUGCCUUACUACACUUGUCCCAUGCUGUGUUUUUGCUAUGGUGUAUCACAGUUAACUUUUAAGGGUAAUAAUGGUGUAAUUGAUUAUCAAUGUUUCAUAAAUGAUCAAGUUCACAUAAUUGCUUCCCUUCA